GGUUGUGGUACCACCAGCAGGAGCAGCAGCAGCAGCUGGUCGCCGGCUCCAGGCCUUUCUCCUCCGGUGGGUUGCUGCUGUGAUUGUGUGGAAGCCAUGUCUGCGGAGAGCCCGGAGCCCGCUUCGGCGGAGGAGCAGAAGGAAAUGGAAGACAAGGUGACUAGUCCUGAGAAAGCUGAAGAAGCAAAGUUGAAGGCCAGAUAUCCUCAUCUGGGACAAACGCCUGGGGGCUCAGAUUUCUUGAGAAAGCGGCUCCAGAAAGAACAAAAGUACUUUGAUUCUGGGGAUUACAAUAUGGCUAAAGCAAAGAUGAAGAAUAAGCAACUCCCUACUGCAGCUCCUGAUAAGACCGAAGUUACAGGUGACCACAUUCCCACUCCACAGGAACUUCCACAGCGGAAACCCUCUCUUGUUGCUAGCAAGCUGGCUGGCUGACUAGAUGGCAGAACUGCAUGAAUCUUCUCAUUCCCUUAAUAUUUCCUUAAUAGUUACUUCUCACAUUUUUUGUUUCCACUAAGUCAUUGACUGACCGCUUUGCAGGUAGUGGUAGCUUGUGCUGCUAUUGUAAGAGAGUCCUGUUAAGAAUUAAGUUGUGUAGGCCAAUGAAGAAUUGAGAACAAUGCACUGAUUUUAAAAAAGGACACAUUUUGUUAGAGCAAUGUAAAGUAAUCUACUUGAAAAAUCUACAUAUUACCUAUUCGCUAGUGUAGGGCUGGUUCCAGCAAGUGACAUAGCAGGUUUGACAAUUUUUUUUAUGUUUCUGCUUUCUUUAGUUCACCUUAGUUACAGCAUAGGAUGUUUCUAUUGAAUACAACCACCUGUUGUGUUUCUUGUGUUUGGUUUUGUAAACUAGAGGUUUUAGACCGCAAGUUGCUAGAAGGUAAAGCAUGUA